AUGGCUGGUGGUCAAGACCUCGCCGGAGCAGGCGGGCAGCACGCCGGCGGUGCGGGCCACGCCUCGAACCAGCCGCAAGCCACAGAGUACACCCUCCAGGGAGUCAUGCGGUUCCUCCAGACCGAAUGGCACAAGCAUGAGCGCGAUAGAAACGCUUGGGAGAUUGAGCGCCAAGAGAUGAAGGGGAGGAUAGCAGCUCUGGAGGGGUCGGCUCGGCGCGCAGAUGCCACACAGAAGGCUCUCAAGCGCUACGUCAACAUUCUGGAAAAAAAAGUCAAAGAGCAGGCGACACAUCUCAAGACCGCGUCCGUACACUCGGCAGACAGUGACGAUCACUCAGUAAAGCAGCCGCCACGCUUCGACCGGGCUUCGAUGGUGCAGGAACAAUUGAAGCGAUCCGAGGAGCACCCAAAGGAGCCGAUCCCAGGCCUUGAAGGUGUAAUCGGCGACCGCACGCAAGAAGAGGACGAGCGGGAGCACUUGAGAUCCUUCCUUGAUCAGUGUCAGGCCGAGUUCACCUACCUCAUGAUCACGCCUGCGAACCCUAUUCCUCCACGCGAAUCCCCGCCACUCCCUGUCAUCGAGGACCUCAGAGACGGCGACCAGUUCGGCAUGCCCAAUAACCAGCAGGCCCUCGAAGCCGCCUUUCAAGGAAUGCGGAUCAGCCAGGGAAACCACCCCAAGGACGCAGCUGCAGCCUCACGGUCGGCUCUGAGCAAUCCUAACAUGAAUCCAAACGUGUCCCUACCAACGGGCCUGCCAGCCCAGAAUCCCAGCCAGUCAGCAGCUCGAGGCAAUUCUGAGCUGCAAUCGGCCAUGAUGAUGCGUUCAGGCGACGGCAUGCAACCUGCCGCGUACGCUCAGCAACCAGGAGAAUGGCAGACAGCGGCCGGCAACGCGCGUUUGCAGAACGCAAAUGACGAGGCAGCUCGUGCUGCAGCUUCGCAACUCGGCAAUGAUCUUGGCAACCAGGGUGAUCGUGGUAUGGAGGUUCUUUUGCAACAGCCACCGCGGAAACAAGACCGCCGCGCGAACAAUGAUGCCGACGGUUGGGACUUUAAUGAGGCCGCCUUCCCGGACGCUACACCGUCUCAGCAGGCUGCAGAAUCACAAUCGAUUUCCCAUCGCCCAGAUACGGAUGUUUUUCCUGCCGCCGAGGGCAUCCCCAAAUCGCCAACACGCGGCCCAGCGUCGCAUCGGCGGAAAGGCUCCAUGUCCCGCAGGCGUAGUGCUGACCAAGACGCGUUGAACGCCAUGGUCCAAAAGGCAGAUGCGGGAAGCUUCAAGCUUCGGUACGGACUCAGAGGUCACUUGAACACUGUACGCACAGUAAUCUUCUCGGGCGGUGGUAGCCCAGGCGAGCCUGAGAUCUGUACUGCCGGCGACGAUGGUUUGGUGAAGCGCUUCCAUCUCCCUCGGGAAUCAUCCAGCCAUUUGGGAGCGUCAUCCUCAUCAGACCUUGACGUCACGGCAGACUUCACACAUCGUGGCCACAAUGGAGCUGUCUUGUGCUUGACAUCGUGGACACCCUCUCCCAACUUCGCGACUGGCGGCCGUGCCCAAGGUGAUGGAUGGAUCUUCUCGGGUGGUCAAGAUGCCACAAUCAGGGUUUGGGAGCGUGGACGGGUUGAUCCAAAGGCCACUCUGGAGGGCCACACAGACGCUGUCUGGGCUAUUACCGUGUUGCCGGCCACCCUGGGCGCCGUCUUUGGCCCCACGGAGCAAGCCAAUGGCCAAGGCGACCGUAUCCUGAUUGUAUCUGGAUCCGCCGAUGGCUCUGUCAAGAUCUGGGCGGUCAGUGCACCGCCGCAGCUUUCCUCGCCCCAGCCCAGUUCCGCAGGAGGCAGACGCGGCACGGCCGGUGGUCGCGUGCGUGGAAACUCGAUGAGUUCUGGCUCGCAGUUCCCCAACUCACCCCAGCCCAGCAUGGCCUCCAACUCCCAGUUCAACUACACGCUUGUACACGACCUGCGACGAGCAGACGGCUCGACCGCGUCGCCGACCAGCAUCACGCCGCUUGCAUCGAACGGUGAGAAGUUUGUGGUCAGCUACUCCGACGCCGCGAUCAUCGUCUUUGAUACCAAGUCUGGAGACGAGGUUGGCUCCAUGGCAAGCCGCGAGACUUAUGACGGUACCCUGGCGACGAGCGUCAACGCUGUGCAGGCCACCAUUACCAGCCUGGACAGCAAUUCUACAGCAGGCAUGGGCGAGGAAGAUGCUGGUGGUCCUACGGGGGGCACUGGCAAGUCGGGCAGCGGUGUAGAGGGUGUCAUCAUCUCAGGGCACGAGGAUCGGUUCAUCAGCCUCUUCGAUGCCAACAGCGGCCAAUGUACAUAUACGAUGCUUGCCCAUCCCGAUGCGAUCUCGAGUCUGUCUCUGAGCCCCGACGGAAGGGAGCUCGUUUCCGCCGGCCACGACGCCAGCCUGCGCUUUUGGUCCUUGGAAAAGCGCAACUGUGUGCAGGAGAUGACGGUUCAUCGCAUUAUGCGUGGAGAGGGUGUCUGUUCAGUGGUAUGGAGUCAGGACGGCCGUUGGGUGGUGAGCGGUGGUGGCGAUGGCCUUGUCAAGGUCUUUGCGAGAUGA